AUGGAAAAGGAGGAAACUAAGGAAACAAUCAAAGAAGGGAGUGAGAUAGAAAGUCAGGAGGAAAGGAAGGAAGAGACCAACAAAGGGAUUAUUGAUGAUGAAGGUGAUAUGGACGAUUUGUUUGGAGAUACAGAUGAAGAAGUUGAUGAACCAAUUGAUAACAAUGAAGAGAGUGAAAACGGAGAAGAAGAGGUAAGUGAAGAACUCCAAAGAGCUGAGUUGACUCUACCGAGACAUCCAAGAUCACACUCACCGUUGAAUCAUGACGUACUGAUGUUCAACCUACCGAGAUUUCUUUCUGUUGAUCCAGAGCCGUUUGCGCCGAAUAGUUUUGAGCAGCAGCUGAGUGAUUUUAUAAAGACAGAGAGGGAUAAUCAGGGUAGUGAAGAGAGCAAGAUAAAGACAAAGACUGGUAGUAGUCUCAAGGACUCAAUUCAGUUUAAGAAAUUGCAGUUAUUGAACACUAUAAGGUGGAGAUAUGCUAAAACACCAUCUGGUGACUUAUACAAGCAGUCCAAUACUAAGAUCAUCGAAUGGGAGGAUGGAACGAUGUCAAUGAAGCUUGGAAACGAGCACUUUGAGAUCAGAGCGAAUAAGAAUGAAGAUAAUAUAUUGGCGUUCCAAGGAGGACAGGUGUUAGUCGGAACGGUAAACGUCAACAAGGCCAUCAAAGUUUUACCACCUUCAACAGAUUCCAUAGCACAUAAGAUUUUGGCCAGCACGAUACAGAAUAACAUGAAGUUGAAGAGGACUAAGAAGAUCAAUACCAUGAUAACACGGGUUGAUCCUGAGUUGAAGGCUCGUGAGAACGAGCGUGCAUUGAAGGAGAUCGAGAAAGCUCGUAGGAGGCAGAUGGCCAAGAUUGAGCAGCAAGAAGAAAAGUUAAAUAAGGGAAGCAGAUCGAGUACCUCUUUAAGUGGCUUUACUGGCGAUAAUGGUAUUGAUUUUGGAGAAGAUGAUGAAGAUGAGGACGAUGAUUAUGCAUAUGCACCUAAAAGAGGUGGCAAGCAUGGCGCUACGACUACGGAGGAGGGAUACGAGAACGAUGAUUUCGUUGUUGGAGACGAUGAAGAAAUCGAGCAAGGAGGAGAAGACGAAGACGAAGAUGAAUUAGACCGUGCUGCCGAAAGAUUGAAGCUGGUCAAGAGAGAAGGAGAAAAGAAAUACAGCAAGAAGAGAGGCCUUGACGAAGAUGCUGAUAAGAUCGAUGAUGAAGCAGAAGAAGAAGAUCAAGAUGGGGAGGACGGUGCGGUGGUUACAAAGAAGAGAAGAGUGAUACUUGGAAAUGAUGAAGAUGAAGAGUAG